AAAGACACGGACCAUCCCUGAGAAGCACAGUCGCGAAUCUGGGACCAGAAAGAGGUACCGGGGCUCUGGAUGCCAGAAACCCCAGUGCGCAGGAUUACUCAGAUGUUGGAGAGGUUUCCUUAACCCACGCUGGCGAUGCCUCAGGAUGUUUUCCAGGAGGUCACAUAAGAGCCACAUGCCACAGAUGGAGGAGAAGCUGAAUGAGAGCCCCUGCUCUACUUCCCUGAAGGAAAGGAGGAAGCCCCAUGCCAUCAGCACGAAGCCGCGCUGGCUCAGGGGUACAAAGGUCACACGCGGGGAUGAUAAUGAGAACUGUGUGCGGUGGACCAUCGAUGCAGGCCUGCUGAAGCAGCGAGUGGAACACCUCGUGCCCGCCUUCCUGGGGAGAGACCCCACAUAUGUCUCCACCUUCUUGGGCACGUACACAACCUUUACUACCACCCAAAAGGUCUUGGAAGUGUUGUUUAUGAGAUACGGAUGCUUCCAUUCGGAGGCUGAGGAGGAUGGCGGACCCCGGGAGCAGGAGAAACGGGCCAUCUCCUCCAUCCUGGGCACCUGGCUGGAUCACUACCCCGAGGAAUUUUUCCAGCCUCCAGAUUUCACAAGCUUGAAGUUGCUGCAGGCAUAUGUAGGAGUCCACAUGCCGGGCUCCGAGCUGCAGCGCCGCGCCCGCCUUCUCUACUCAUGGCGGAAACACCGUGAGCCCAAUGAGCCAGAGUCUCUGGCCAUGGCACCAGCUCCAGAGCCACGUUCAGACGUCCCUCAGGAGCGAUCCCCUGCUAUCUCUGUGGUGCCCACUGCAGCCUCGCAGCCCAGGCUGCCUGAAGCCACUAGUUCUCCUGGAGCUCAGCGCGUACGAGAAUCGGAGACCCUCACUGCAGUGUCCCCACCAGGGCAGGAGGUACUCCCAGCUCUGGCUGACAGUCAGGAGCUGGAAGAGCCACCUGCCCCUUUGGUGGCCCCAGAGCAUGAGCAGCCCCCAGCCCCAGCCGGCGGGGUCACGGAAGGGCUGGAGGAACCACCUGCUGCAGCUGAGCAACCAGCCUCUGCUCCCCAACAGCGGCUCAUGUCCGCUGCAGCCCCAAAGGAUGAAUUCCCUGACCUUUUCAUUGCGUUCUUUGUCAUUUCUGUAGUUCUUAUAGAGGUAUUUACUGUCCUUAUAUAUUAGUGUUUUAUAAAUAAAAGAUAAACUAAGUUCCAAA